UAGAUCCUGUGGAGCACUGGUCCGAAACGAAGAAGCAGUGGUGUUGCUCACAGAAGCAACUUGGCUGUGCGGCAGUGGAUUCCAAAGAAGAAUCUGAGCCCUUCGACUGCAAAGUGGACUCUGCGGAACAAUGGUCCAAAGCGCAUCAGCUCUGGUGUUGCUCGAACAAGCAACUGGGCUGCGCGAAGCCGGACGUAACUCUUGAGGACGGUCCCGAUGAAUCUGAGCCCUUUGAUUGCCGAGCAGUUCCUGUGGAGCACUGGUCGGAAGCAGAGAAGGAGUGGUGUUGCUCACAGAAGCAACUGGGCUGUGCGGCAGUGGAUUCCAAAGAAAUUUCUGAGCCCUUCGACUGCAAAGUGGACCCUGUGGAACACUGGUCUGAUGCGAAGAAACAGUGGUGCUGCUCGAACAAACAGCUGGGCUGCACAGCAGAGGGCGUCCUUCACGGGGACAGUCCUGUUGAAUCUGAGCCCUUCGAUUGUACAGCGGAUCCUGUGGAGCACUGGUCCGAAGCGAAGCAGCAGUGGUGCUGCGCGAACAAAGAGUCAGGCUGUUUGGAGGUCGAUCCUGUCAAAAGUUCCGAGCCUUUCGAUUGCCACUCGGAGGAAGUUUGGUCUCCUACGAAGCGAGAGUGGUGCUGCGAGGAGAAGCGAAUAGGCUGUCCGACUUUCAGCCCCAUGGAGUGGGACUGUCAGUCCGGUCUUCCUACUUGGAAGCAGAACUGGACGGCAAUGCAUGCGCUGUAUUGCUGCGUUUUCAAAGGGGUCGCGUGUGCCGACGAGAAAGACGAGACGCCACUCCAGAAAAUGAAGGAGGCUGUCCAAGAGGCCCAGCACAGGGAGCAAGAGGAGGAGGAAGAAGAGGAGGAGGCGGAGGCGGAGGACGAGCUCGAACAGGAACCAGCCGAGCCGGAGGAGGAGUUCGACUGUUCCGAGGGUCUAGCAAACUGGCAGCGGGGAUUCUCCGAGGCGAAGAAGGAAUUCUGCUGCCAGCGUGCCUUGGACUCCUCGCUUGGGGCCAAACCUUUCCUAGGUAGGAUUAGGGAGACCCCUUAA